AUGGCCGCCGUCUGUAAAGCCUGCGAGGACCCCCUCGUCAUCGUCCUUGAACCUGAGAGCGACGACGAGGGCCACGCCGCCGACGACACCCAGACCGUCCCCGACGACCUCGAGCUCCCCUGCGGCUGCCACUUCCACUGGCAAUGCCUCCUGGACCUGUCCCAGGACAUCGCAGUGUCCCUCAACUGCCCCUCGUGCCAGAAGUACCUCCCCUCUAACACUCAGGGCCCCUCCGUCACAAACCCCUUCCUGAACUCCCAGCCCGGCACCGCUAUCCUCACUCGCUACGUCAAUGAGGGCGGCCUCCAGGACGCCCUCGACAUCCUCCCCAACAUUACCGAGGAGGCUUACCUCGCCUCCAACCCCGACGCCCGUCCCGCCCGCGCCUACCACCUUAUGUGCGCCGAGGGCGAUGUCGAGGGUGUCGUCGACCUGCUCCAGGACGCCAACGAGGAGCUCGCCGGUGACGUCGCUCAGCUCGCCCAGCUUAUCCGCUACCAGGACCCUCUCGCCGGCGGCAUGAGCGCCCUGCACCUCGCCCUCGACAAGGAGCACGAGGAGGUCGUCUGGCUGCUGCUGUGGAUUGCCUCUCCUCUGCCCACCGAUCUCUUCCCCGUCUCGGCCCGCCAGGCCGCCGAGGCCCUGCAGAUUGUGCGCCUGACCAACGACACCGCAGAGGAUAUCCGUUCUCUACGCACCGACGCCGGCCAGACGGCCGAGGACGUCGCCAGGACCAAGCCCGCCCGUUGGAGCGCCUUGGUCGACGCCGGCAUCCUGCGCGCAUGA